AUGCCUGCCCCACCCAAACAACGCAAGAUUGCUAUUGUGGGCAGUAGAUCUUUUGUCGACGGCCACUUUGUAGAAAGUUAUUAUCCUACUAUCGAGAAUACUUUUAGCAAGGUCAUCAAGUACAAAGGGCAGGAAUUUGCCACAGAAAUCGUUGAUACAGCUGGUCAGGAUGAAUACAGUAUCUUGAAUUCAAAGCAUUUCAUUGGUAUCCAUGGCUAUGUGCUUGUCUAUUCCGUUGCUUCAAUGCAAUCCUUCGAAAUGGUGGAGGUCAUCAAGGAUAAGAUCCUGAAUCACUUGGGUACUGAAUGGGUUCCCAUCACAAUAAUUGGUAACAAGAGUGAUCUUCGACCAGAGCAGCGUCAAGUCACUGCUGAGCAAGGCAAGGCAUUAGCGGAGAAGAUCAAGUGUGCUUUCACUGAAGCAAGUGCACGCUAUAACGAGAAUGUUACCAAGGGGUUUGCACUUCUGUAUCGCAAAUCGAGAAGGACUAUUUUCAAAAUGCUCGACGUUAACGACUUCAUUACUGAGAGGGGUGGGAACCCACAAGCGAUUAAGGACUCUCAACGCCGCAGAUAUGCACCUGAAGAGGCUGUCGAUGAAGUAAUUGCUUUGUACGAGGACCACCGCAAAACCCAGUACGCAGCUACACAAGUCAACAGCAAGAUCAACGAAACUCAAAAAGCAAUCGGCGCAAAGAAGAAGGCCAAGGAAGAUGCUACUGAAUUAUUGCAGCAAAAAGCAGAUUUGGAGAAGGAGAAGAAGACCUGGCUUGACGCAGCAGCAGAGAAGGAAAUAAUUCUUAAGAAAAAGAUUAGCACGAUUGGCAACAUUGUUCACGAGUCUGUGCCUGUGAACAAUGACGAGGACCACAAUGAGUUACUACGUACAUGGGCUCCCGAAGGUGUUACCGUAGAGAAGAAGGACGUCCUUUCACAUCAUGAAGUUCUGACGAGACUGGAUGGAUAUGACCCAGAACGUGGAGUUAAGGUUACCGCACAAUUAGAGCAAUUCGAUGAGGAACUUUACAAGGUUGUUGAUGGAGAUGCCCAGAAUGAUAAAUACCUUAUUGCUACUUCCGAACAACCAAUUUCAGCCUUCCAUGCUGACGAGUGGUUGACUGCUAAGGAUGUGCCUAUUAGAUAUGCUGGUUUUUCUUCGUGCUAUAGACGAGAGGCUGGUUCUCAUGGUAGAGAUGCAUGGGGAAUUUUCAGAGUUCAUCAAUUCGAAAAGAUUGAACAAUUUGUCCUCACCGACCCAGAAAAGUCAUGGGAAGAAUUUGACCGCAUGAUCAGCUUUUCGGAAGAGUUCUACCAAUCCCUUGGUGUUCCAUACAGAGUUGUCGCAAUCGUCUCAGGUGCUCUUAACAACGCAGCUGCCAAGAAGUAUGAUCUUGAGGCGUGGUUCCCCUUCCAAGGAGAGUACAAGGAGCUUGUCUCUUGCUCAAAUUGCACAGACUACCAAUCCAGAGCUCUCGAGAUCAGAUAUGGUACCAAGACGCAAACUGAGAUCCGUAAGAAAUACGUCCACGCACUUAACUCUACUCUGUGUGCAACUGAGCGUGCGUUGUGCUGCCUCUUGGAGAACUUCCAAACUGAAGAAGGUUUCAACGUCCCAGAGCCCCUACGUAAAUAUCUUCCUGGUGCCCCCGAAUUUAUUGCUUUCUCCAAAGAACUGCCCAAAGAUACUACUUCCCAAAAAGCGAAGGGUAAGGUUGACAAAGCACCAAAACCGAAGGUCGCACCGGUCGGUGCUACACCAACUGAGGCAGCGGAGAAGUUGAAGGACAUGAAGGUCUAA